AUGGAUAUUACCAAUUAUACUAAUUCUUCUGAUUCACUUGACCUUGCUAGUGGAUUUAGUGGUCCAGGAGGUGGAGGAUCGGAUAGUAAAUGGCUCGGUCGUAUAACAAAUGUUUUAUCAUUAUUAAUAUUUAUACUCGCCGUUUUAGGCAAUUUUUUUGCCUUAUUAGUUAUGUUUGGUAAUCGGAAACCAAUACGUUCAACAACAAAUUUAUUUUUGGUUAAUUUAGCUUGUUCAGAUUUAUUACGUAGUCUUUUUAUGCCAUUUACAAUUGUGGCAAGAAUGCAACGAGACUGGUAUUUUAAACAUGGUGAAAUACUAUGCAAAAUUAUUCCAGUUGUACAAGGUAAAUAA